UAAAUUCGAUAAAUUCUAAAGAAUAUACAACAUGUCGCUGGUUUGGGAACGAUAUUUACGUCCGUGCUUCAAUCAGAUUCGCCGCAGUCUAAACCUAAUUGGUGGCAAGACAACUGGCUCACUAGUGUGGAAGCGUGUCACCUUUCUGGUGGCGACACCAGCUGUUGCCCUAUGCAUGAUCAAUGCCUAUAACACUAAGCAGGAUGGGGAGAAGGCACGCGAGCCCUUUGUCAAAUAUGAGCAUCUGCGUCGUCGCAACAAACGCUUCCCAUGGGGCAAUGGGGAACGCAGCCUUUUCCAUAAUUCGAAUAAAAAUGCGCUUACAGAUGGCUACGAAGUCUAACUUGUUGUCUUACUAGACUGAAGAUAUCCAUUUUGUGUUCAUUGUUGGUUCGUUUGCCCGUUUUCAACCGCAGCAUAAAGUAACUAUCUUAAUAUGCAUUCAAGAUGAAAGAUACAUAUUUGUUUACAUAUGUCAAAAUAAAACCGAACCAAUCGCGCACAGAUACAAACAUAUACGCACGCAGCUGUUGGCGUUAACAACAGUUACUUGUGUUUUUGGGGCGUGGCCAAUUUAACUUUCGCUUUCUGAAAGUUACGCACUCGCUAAACAUUUGAUAAUAUUAAUAUCUAAUUUGCAAUGCUGCACCUGUACUUCUUCACUUACAAUUGUUUUCAGUUUGUUUCCCCUAAA